AUGGCUAGCUUAUCUUUGACCUUAGCCGACAUUGCCGGCAAGGCCAUAGACUUGCAGCGCCAACUCGCACUUGAGCCUUCGCCUAGUAAUCAAUUGAUAAAUCAAAUAAACGAUAUCCAUUUUCUAUUCGACAAUGUCUACCGAUCCUACAAUAAGAGAGAGCAACCGACUACCGCUACGGCUACUGAUGGCGCAACUUCCAGCGAACUUGUCAUCCUAUCCCCGACCGACACCGCACACCAAGCGUUCGCCAAGGGAAUUCACAUCAAGCAGUCAAAACACAAUCCUCUUCCGUGGAUGCAUCUUGAUGUCAGUCUGGGCAAGGAGAGCAAGGACAAGCCGACUUGGCGUGCGGAUGCACGUUAUCGUAUUCAGAAGAACACCAACACAAGCACCGUCGUGAAGCGCCGCGUCCGUCGUCACGUUGUCUCUCAAGCAAGCUCAGAGCGAUCUAGGGUAGUCGGGGAAGUCAACGAUGAGGAUGAGGAGGACGACAAGGUUGAGUUGGACGAUACCACAUCUGAACGAAAUCUCGAGGUCACGGAGACAUAUCAAGAAAAGGUUCUGAAUUCUCCUGACGACGAAGUUCUUCCAAAUUUCUCAACUACAUUCUCCUCAAUUCUGGCAUAUCGACCAAAGUCGGCUACUGGUUCCUUCAUCAUCAGAGAGGAUAGAGCUUUUUGUGGUUAUGGUGGAUUUGGUAUUGCGUCUCAGAUGAUCUUCCGCGGAUGUCGUUUGGUAAUUACUACAGCACCCGAGCUUCUGAAUGCAAAAGAGUACUCAAAAGUUCUCUAUGACAGUGAUUCUUUGUGA